AUGGCCGCGGAAACGGCUAGACGCAACACUCGUAGAGGCCUGCGCGUGCGCGCCGAGCAAGGAAGGCGGGCGGGGGAGACAGAGGAGCGCGGCGCAGCGGGGGAAAAGGACUCGCGGAAUGAGCUCCGCCUCAUGUCCGUUGCGCCCAUGCCCGUCGCCGCCCUUGCUGCUGCUGAUGCGCUGAGGGAGCUCCUGGAGCCGUAUGGGGAGCUGGUGCGGUCGUGGGACCUUCCUGACUGGCUGAUUCACUGGGGGCAUCCCGGCAACAUGGCAGUGGUUCUUCUAGCCAUGGGGGGAUACGGCUCCUACCUGGGAUGGCAGAUCCGCCUCGCCUCCUCACCUGAGGCCAAGGAAGCAGCACGAGCAGCGCACCCGCCCAUCAUGGGCUUCAUGUUUCUCUUCUUUGCCAUCGGUGCUACUGGUGGGCUCACCUCCCUUGUCACCACCGGCCGGCCCAUUUUUGAAAGCCCCCAUGCAUACUCAGGCAUGGCCGGUCUCGUGCUGCUCACCAUUCAGACCGCAAUGACUGCCCUCUUCAAGGGCAAUCCUGACCUGCGGGGUGUGCAUGGCUCUUUGGGGGUUCUCAUUAUGGUGCUUUUUGUUGUUCAUGGGCUUCUCGGACUUCAGCUGGGCCUAAGUUAUUAG